AUGGACUUUUUUUUUGGAAAUUUCUCUAAGGCAAGGACCCUUAAGCUAUCAGAAGACUUGGGCUUUGUUGGAACACAACUUGUCCGAUCAGAACGUCCUGCGGCCCUUGCUGAUCGUCCCGCCUAUGUGAUGAUCCUUACCGCUUUGGACUUAGCCGGUUCUGAUGCAUCUGGACAGAAGCCGAAUGGUCACUUUGACUAUGUAAAGAGAGAAGUGGACCUUACGAAAACACCGUCUUCUCGCUCGAUUUCGCUCGAGCGAAACUCAUCUCCUCCGAGCGAGUCGCUCGCUUUCUCCAAAAUCUCUCAGGCGAAACUCCUCCGUCGAUUUCGCUCGCUUUCUCCACUCUCCUUUGGAUCUGUGGCUCUCAUCAGAAGUGGAGCUUUCGUCGAUGCCGUGGACAUUAUGGAACGCUCCCCUCUUUACUAUGCAUGCAAGCUUAUUCACGCUACUGUUUUUAGUCUCAUUUCUCAUCCUCAUACGCAACUUCGUAUAGUUGACCUCUUGCUUGUGCGUGGUAUUGAUCCAAAAAUCCGAAACGAAUAUGGGGCGGUGUAG